ACAACCAUAACCUGGUUGACUGAGAAUCUCCAUAGACAUGGAUGAUUAAAUAGUGUCAUCGACAAGGAGGGCAUGACUUUAGGCAGACUCAGGGAGACUGGAAGAUAAGAGUGUCUGGAGUGCUGUGAUCCAUGGGGCUGAAGAGUCGGACGCGACUUAGCGACUGAACAACAACCACUACCACCACCACCUUAGAAAAGGCGCGAUAUAAAUGCAUUAGCAAACGAUGCCUGUGGAGCACCAUCUGUUCCCAGGUUCUUCAAUGGCAGUUGAUUCCUAGUCGCUUUGAUACCAACGAAUAGGCCGACCCCCUCCCUCCCCCUUAGAAAGCUAAACGACAAAAAGAAGGGGAUUGGGGAGCUGCGGCGGUCAAGCCACCCGGGGCGAUCUUAGGGACCCCCAAGGCGCGCGCGUCCCGCGAGCCGCUUCUCUCAGACCAGAACCUCCCAGCUGCGCCCACCCCGGUCUCUCUCUCUCCUGCUGGCUCUCUCGCCCAGCACAGCGCGAUUUGCUGGAGUUUCUGUGGCAACGUGGCUCUUUUGUCCUCCUCUCCAUCCGCAGGAAACGCAAGCUCAAGAUUCAUUUGGGAAAUAAGUCCCGAAGAUGGAGGAGACUCCUGCGAGACCCGCAAGUCCCAUCGGACUGACCUACGUAGUGGCCGCUUCACAAAUCUUGGGCCUUGCUGUCAUCACGGUGAUGGCAGCCUGGAUUGGACAGUACCGAGGUGGCGUUGCCUGGGACAGCUCUCAACUACUAUUUAAUGUCCACCCUCUGUGCAUGGUCAUUGGGAUGGUGUUCCUUCAAGGUGAUGCCCUUCUGGUUUACCGUGUCUUCAGGAAUGAGAGCAAGCAAUCCACGAAGAUCCUGCAUGGGCUCAUCCAUUUCUUUGCACUUAUCAUUGCAUUGGUUGGUCUGAUUGCUGUUUUCCAGCACCACAGGAAUCAAGGCUUUCCAGAUAUGUACAGCCUGCACAGCUGGUGUGGCAUCAUUGCAUUUGGCUUCUACUUUGCACAGGUAAGGUGGGCUUGUUGCACAUGAAGGGCUAGUGGAAGA